AUGAAAAAUCAGGAGAAAAACAAAAAAGACGAAGUUAUUGUGAAUAAUGAAAAAAAUAUUACGAUUUUUAAUAAAAAUGAAUUAAAUAAUGAAAAGGUAGAAAAUAAAGCAGCAGACACUUAUUUGGACAUGAUUGACCAUAUAAGAAUAGAUAAAGAAAAUAAAUGUAUAUAUAUAGGUGAUGUUAAUAUUACAGAAAGUGAUUUAAAAGAACUUGUGACUUCAAAAAAAAAAAGAACAUAUGAAAAAAAAGAAGAAACAAAAUUAAGAAGUAAGAGAACUUUUAAUGAUAUAUCAAUAUACACCAAUGAAAAUCACAUAAAGGACAAAAGGGAUAAAAAAGAAGUAAUUUCUUCAUCAAAACAAUUUUCUCAAAAUAUGAAUUAUAAUAACUUGGACAGUGAUUAUGAACAUAAUAUAAAAGGGGACUUCAUUGAUGAUAAAAAACAAAAAUGUAAUGAAGGUAAAGAUAUGCAAACGAAUGACGAAUGCAUAGAAAAUAAUACUUCAAAUAAAGAAGAGCCUCAAGGAGGUAAUACAAACAAUCAAUGUAGCAAUUUGGAAUGCUAUAUGAAAUGUGAUAUUGAUACAAAAAGUGAAAGAAAAACAAAUGAUGGUUAUAAUACAAAUGAUAAAACACAAAAUAGUAACAAUUUAGAUUUUAAUAAAGAGUUUCCUUCUUCUCUUGACAAUAAUAAAAUGAUUUCUUUAGUAUCUUGUCUUAAUUAUCUAAUAGAAAAUAGAAUAAAUAAAGAAAUAGAUAUACCUCAGAGUAAUACUAUAAAUGCUUUGUUCAUGGAUUUUUACCAUAUAAUAAUGGCAUAUACAUAUUAUAGACAAAACAAGCACAAAAUUAAAGCAACAUUUGAAAUUUAUUUUAGGAAAUGUCCUUUUGAAGGAAAGUUUGCAAUUUUAGCAGGAAUUUAUGAAGUUAUAAAAUAUAUUAAUUUUUUUCGUUUUACUAAAGCACAGUUAGAAUUUAUUAAAAAAAAAAUGUGCAAUUAUAAAGAUGUCGAUUUAUUUAUAAACUAUUUAUCAGAUGUAAGUGGUAAAGAUGUAUCUAUAUGUUGUAUGGAAGAAGGAUCUAUUAUAUUUGCAAAUGAGCCAAUAAUGAUAGUUGAAGGGGAUUUAUUAACAUGCCAAUUAUUAGAAAGUGCAAUUAUUAAUUUAUUAAAUUAUCCAAUAUUAAUAGCGACAAAUAGUUUAAAACAUAAAAUUUCAAUAAAUUAUAAAACUUUAGCAGAAUUUGGUUGCAGAAGAGCUCAAGGACCAGAUGGGGCAUUAAGUGGAUCGAAAUAUUCAAUAUUUGGGUGUGAUUUUACUUCAAACGUUUAUGCAUCUUAUUUGUAUGAUAUCCCUUUAUUAGGAACAAUGUCUCAUUCUUUUAUAUUAGCAUUUCAAAAUGAUGAAGUUUUAAAUAGUAAAUACCUAGGAAAUCAUGAUUUUUUAUCUAUUGUAAAUAAAAAUAAAGAAAUAAUUCAUAAACUAUAUAAUUGUGAAUAUACAAAAGAAAAUGAAUUAACCGCUUUUGUUGCAUUUGCUCAAGUUAAUCCUAAUAAUUUUAUCUGUUUAAUAGAUACAUAUGAUUCUCUAAGAUCAGGAAUCUUUAAUUUUUUAAUCGUAGCCUUAUCAUUACAUGAAAUCAAAUAUAAACCCAUUGGUAUAAGAAUUGAUUCUGGUGAUUUAAGAUAUUUAUCAAAUGAAUGUAAGAAAAUAUUUAUUGAUAUUUCCAAAAAAUUAAAUGUACCUUUUUAUGAUUUAAAAAUUUGUGUUAGCAAUGAUAUUAAUGAAAAAUUUAUAAAAUUCCUAAAUGAACAAGAACAUCAUAUAGACAUUUUUGCUAUCGGUACAAACUUAAUUACAUGCCAAUCACAACCUUCUUUGGGUCUUAUUUAUAAACUAGUAGAAAUUAAUAAUGAACCAUGUUUUAAAAUGACAAAUGAAAAUAAAAAAUCAAAUCUACCUUAUAAAAAAAAUGUUUACAGAUUAUAUACCAAAGAUAAUUUUGCUUCAGUAGAUUAUGUCCAGUUGUUUGAUGAAAAACCACCAAUUGAAAACGAAAAAUUAUUUUGUAUAAAUGUUUUAGAUGAAUCUAAACAAUGCUUUAUUAUACCAUCGAAAGUUGAAAAAAAAUUAUUAUUAUGUUGGGAUUAUGGAAAGCUCUUAAUUAAAUUUAAAACAUUGCAAGAAUUAAAAAAAUAUACUUUAAAUGAAUUAACAAAAUUUAGAAAUGAGCAUUUCCGCUCAACUCUUCCUGUUCCUUAUAAAGUAUCUUUUUCUCUUAAUUAUCAUAAAUUAUAUAAAAAUUUGCUAAUUAAAAAUUCUUUCAUUACCACAAUAACAUAA